UAUCAUACCAUUACCAAUCUUCAUACUGGUACAUAAUUUGUAAAAGUACUGGUCUUUCAUGCUUCAAUCAGUUGAAUCGUAUCAUCUCAUCACACAUGUUAUUUUAACACUCCAAAAUUCACCUACCAUAGUCAAUAUUCUGCAGAUCCUGCUACAUUUUCUUAUACUGAAAAAAUAUACCAUGAAAUCAUUCUAACCAUGGAGAACUACUGCCCAACCUCCUUCAAUCAUACAAUAGUACAAACCAAGUAGGCGUCACCAUACAUUGCUUUGCUAGUACAUAUAUAUACUCCUUCCCUAACCAUUUCCCCCCAAUAUGAAUGAGAUCCUCCAACAAACCUUGACUCACAGCAUUUUAAGUGCCUUCCUUUAACUCCUCUCUCUCUCUCUCUCUCUCUCUUCCUUCUUCCUAUCUCUUCAAUCCCAACUCCCUUUCCCCUCCGGCAGCCAUGGGAGGAGAACAAAAGCUGACGACAAUGGUGAUCAAGGUCGAUCUGGAUUGCAACAAGUGCCGCAAGAAGAUCAAGAAAGUCCUCUGCAGGAUCCCUCAGAUUCAGAAUCAAGUGUACGACGAUAAGGCCAACCUGGUGAUUAUCUCGGUGCUGUGCUGCAGCCCGGAGAAAGUGAUGGACAAGAUUGCCUGCAAAGGCGGCGAGUCGGUGAAGGGAAUCGAGAUCGUCAAACCGCCGCCGCCGAAGCCAAAAGAGCCGGAAAACCCCAAGGAGAAGCCCAAGGAGGCAGAGAAGCCCAAGGAGAAGCCGAAGGAGGCAGAGAAACCCAAGGAGAAGCCGGCGGGGCCUCCACCGGCGGCGAAGCCAGCUCCGGCGCCUGAGAAGCCGAAGGAUAGCAAUGAUAAGCCGCCCAAGACGGUGGCUUUCGUCGAGCCGGAGAAACCCAAACAGCCUCAACCAGCUCCGCAGCCGAAACCGGGCCCUCCGCCGCAGACCGACCAGAUUCCGAUCGGUAUGCCGACGCCGUCGGCGAACCCAAUGCGUUACUGCUGCCGGGAGUGCUACGAAGGGUACGGGUCGUGCUACAGCAUGCCGCCGUGCUACGAAGGGUACGGCCGGCCUGUGUACGACAGCUGGGGCGGCGGCGGCGGAUACAGGGGAGGAGGGUACUACGCCAGCAGAGGCGAGUGCUUUAGCGACGACAAUCCGUCGGGCUGCGUCGUCAUGUAAAGACUAAACAGAGACCGUCGGUGGCGGGGACGGCGGCGUUUUGGGUGGCUGUGCGCGCGCUCGUCAGCCACGUGGCAUGAUUGGGUGCGCACAUGGGAUGGGAGUGGGACUUCGUUCGAUUUUCGCUCUUUCUCGAUCCCUCCUUUUUUUUUUCAAUUUUAUGUUUCUUGGGAAAAAUAUAUAUGUAGAGAUAUAUAAAGAGAAUUGGUGACAAAAGAUGGGAAAUCUUUCGGGUUUGGGGCAAUUAAUUACUUGGUGUUUAAUACUUAGGAAAAAUGAGAAUAAGAGGUUGACAAAUUUUAAUGAAAUGGAUUUUGGAAAUAAAGGGUACUUUUAUAAAAAAUUGAUUGGCUAUUGGUUCAUCUUAAUUUACCUUUUAGCAUUUUUUUGGUGUUGGAGGUUUCUUUCUUUUGUGGUGCAAUGUGGUGUAACCAAUUACUCAU